AUGCGCAGAUUAUAUCGAGAGCGAAGGCCACAAGAAAUCCCGCCAAACUUUGGAAUGGAUAAGCGUAAAUUUGGGAACAAGGGGGGUCAAGGAGCAGCACCUGCAGCUAAGCGUGCUAGGAACAAUGAUUGGGAUGAUGAAGACCCCUCAUCGUUUGAAGCAGAACUUGCCAUGUGGGAGGAUGAGGCUGAGUCUCAAGAGCAGGUCAUAGGUGAUGGCCCAGAGAUGCAAACAACAACGGCAAAGUGGGCAAGACCUCCAGUGCCUCAUUUAGAUGUGAAGAAAGAUGCCAUCAUCUUUCAACAGCUUGAUCUGGACACUUAUAUUGGUGGACAUCUGCCUGGAAUGCCUGGUUCUCAAAUAGGCCCUGUCCCUAUUAUACGUAUGUAUGGAGUUACAAUGGAAGGUAACAGUGUACUGGCUCAUAUACAUGGUUUUGCUCCCUAUAUCUUUGUACCUGCCCAGAAAGACUUCAAGGAAGAACAUUGCAGGGUAUUUAAGGAUACUCUCAACACAGCUGUCAUCAAGGACAUGAGGAGCAAUAAAGAUAACAUUACACAGGCAGUUCUUGCAGUGGAGAUCGUCAGCAAAGAAAGCAUAUAUGGAUACCAUGGCAACAAAAAGCUUCCAUUCCUGAAGAUCACCAUGGCUAUCCAGAGGUUGAUUGCCCCAGCAAAGAGACUGCUAGAGAGUGGCUUUACGUGCCCUGGCUUUGGUCAACAUGGCUUCCAGAGCUACGAAAGCAACAUUGAUUUUGAAAUCAGAUUCAUGGUAGAUUCUAAUGUUGUUGGUUGUAACUGGAUAGAAGUUCCAGGUGGCAAGUACCAUGUACGUCAACCAGAGCAUACCAACAUGGCAGACAAUAGGAACCCACCAAAAAAGUCACGAUGCCAGAUAGAGAUUGAUGUAGCUUGGCAGGAUUUCAUUUCUCAUUCUGCUGAGGGAGAGUGGGCUAAAGUUGCCCCAUUCAGAGUGCUCAGCUUUGACAUUGAAUGUGCAAACAGAAAAGGUAUAUUCUGUACACCUGACAUCGACCCUGUCAUCCAAAUUGCCAACAUGGUCAAGAUUCAUGGAGAAAAACAACCAUUUAUACGCAAUAUAUUUACAUUGAAGAAAUGUGCACCGAUUGUUGGAUCAGAUGUGUUAUCCUUUGAGAAAGAGAAUGAGUUAUUAUUGAGCUGGUCAGGUUUUAUGCGAGAGGUGGAUGCUGAUGUAGUGACUGGCUACAAUAUACAAAACUUUGACUUUCCUUACCUCAUAAACCGUGCAAACAAUCUUAAGAUAGCCCAUUUCCCAUACCUUGGUAAGAUAAAGGACAUAAAGACAGUGAUAAAGGAGACCAUGAUCCAAUCAAGACAGAUGGGGAAGAGAGAGAAUAAAGUGGUGAACACAGAAGGCAAGGUGCAGUUUGACCUACUACAGGUGUUACAGAGAGACUAUAAACUAAGGUCAUACAGUCUGAAUGCUGUGUCCUACCAUUUCCUCCAAGAGCAGAAGGAAGAUGUACACCAUUCUGUCAUAACAGAUCUGCAAAAUGAAAGUGAUCAGACAAGGCGUCGUUUGGCCGUGUAUUGCCUGAAAGAUGCAAUGCUGCCUCUGAAGCUACUGGACAAGUUGAUGUCUAUCACAAAUUACAUGGAGAUGGCAAGAGUUACUGGUGUGCCCAUGUCUUACCUGCUAUCUAGAGGACAGCAGAUCAAAGUUGUCUCCCAGCUAUUGAGACAUGCCAUCACCCAGGAUUUGGUGCUACCUGCCCACAAGUCUGAAGCUGGGGAUGAGUUCACUGGUGCAACUGUCAUUGAGCCUGAGAAAGGCUACUAUGACUCUCCUAUUGCAACACUAGAUUUCUCCUCUCUAUAUCCAAGCAUCAUGAUGGCCCACAAUCUCUGCUACACCUCCCUUCUUCAGACUAACAGCAAAAUUAAAGAGGGACUGACAGAGGAUGAAUUCAUCAAGACUCCAUCAGGGAAUUAUUUUGUGAAAAGUUCUGUGAGAAAAGGACUGCUGCCAGAAAUAUUGGAGCAUUUACUGUCUGCAAGAAAGAAAGCUAAGGCUGACUUGAAGAAAGCUACAGAUCCAUUUGUGAAGAGUGUGCUGGAUGGCAGGCAACUAGCUUUGAAGAUAAGUGCUAACUCGGUCUAUGGCUUCACAGGAGCGCAAGUGGGCAAGCUGCCAUGCUUAGAGAUAUCCCAGAGUGUUACUGCAUUUGGUCGAUUGAUGAUUGAGCAGACCAAAAACUUUGUAGAGGAGAAUUACACAAUAGAGAAUGGGUACAAACACAAUGCUAAGGUUAUAUAUGGAGAUACAGAUUCAGUUAUGUGCAAGUUUGGUGUGGAGACAGUAGCUGAAGCAAUGGAGUUGGGCAAGAAAGCUGCAGAUGAAAUCAGUGCUACAUUUAUAAAACCAAUCAAAUUGGAAUUUGAAAAGGUAUAUUUUCCCUAUCUGCUGAUCAACAAGAAACGAUAUGCAGGGCUAUACUUCACUAGGCCUGAUGUACAUGACAAGAUGGACUGUAAAGGAAUAGAGACAGUUAGAAGAGAUAACUCUCCACUUGUGGCAAAUCUGAUCAAUACCUGCUUAAAAAUGUUGCUAAUUGACAGAGACCCUAAGGGUGCAGUAGACUACGCCAAGCAGACAAUCUCAGAUCUCCUAUGCAACAAGAUUGACAUUUCACAACUGGUCAUCACCAAGGAGCUUACCAAGACAGAUAAAGACUACAAUGAGGGCGGUGCUAAUAAACAGGCACAUGUUGAGCUAGCUAUGAAAAUGAAAAAGAGGGAUCCGGGCACUGCUCCCAAGUUGGGGGACAGAGUGCCAUAUGUCAUAGUGCAGGCUGCCAAAGGUGCUGCUGCUUACACAAAGUCUGAGGACCCCAUAUACGUACUUGAGAAUGACAUUCCUAUAGAUACAAACUAUUACCUGCAGAACCAGCUGUCCAACCCUCUCAUGAGGAUAUUUGAACCUAUUCUAGGAGAAUCAAAGGCUCAAUCAGAGUUGCUCAAGGGUGACCAUACAAGAACCAAGACCAUAGUGACCUCCAAGGUGGGAGGACUUGCAGCCUUUGCCAAGAAGAGAGAAACAUGUAUUGGUUGUAAAGCUGUGCUGGACAAUAACAGCACUGAUGCAGUUUGCAAAUACUGUAAACCAAAGGAGUCUGGACUCUACCAGAAGGAAGUUGCCCACUUCAGUGCCCUGGAAGAGAAAUUCUCUCGCCUGUGGACACAAUGUCAGCGGUGUCAGGGGAGCUUACAUGAGGAGGUUUUGUGUUCAAGUCGAGAUUGCCCAAUAUUUUACAUGCGUAAAAAGGUGCAAAAGGAUCUAGAAAAAUCAGACAAACUUUUACAAAGAUUUGGAAAUCCAUCAUGGUGAUAUAAUCUUCUGCUGCGAGUGAUGUUUACAUCAAAAUAUGGCCAUUGCUACAACAACAUAUUUGAAGACUUUCCCACAUGAAUGAGUUGCCAAAACACGAGUACAAAAUGAGUACAAUGGAUGUCUUAUGUUGGAUUAGUCUGUUAUUAUUCAAGAUCAACUGGAAGGAACAUGUGCGAUAAGACUGAUUGCAAAAUGGGAAUAAGAAGUGAAGUUUCUGUUGGACAUGUAAACAUAUUUUUAACAACCAUUACAAUAUAUAGACAAAUCAUGUCCUAAAGCUAAUUUGAUGGAAGUUGUUUUAAACCAAUACACAAGAGAGUGCAUUAAGUGUCAGUGGUACUGCACUCAAUUAUGCUGUUACCGAAACAGAUCCAGUUCAGUAACAAGAUGGCUAUGGUUAUUGGAAAGUUCAGUAAAUUUUUUUUUUGAUUUCUUGAGAUAGGAUAAAUCAUUCCAUUCUUUUUGGCACAAACAUGUAUAAGCAUCAUAUGUUUCUGGA